AUGUCGUACCCGUACGGCUCGAUGUCCCAGGGACAGUACAGCGAGGCGGACAUCAUGGCUGAGAUGCAGAGGUCUGGCUACUCCCGUGCCGCCCCGGGAGGGGGCUACGCCCAGCCCGCCGCGCCGAUGCAGACGCAGGUGAUGGGCAGCAUCGCUCCUGGCCAGAACCCUUUUGCAAUGGGCACGCAGCCCGCCGCGGAGGCCCAGGCGGACGAUGCCGCGGCGGCCUCUCAGGAGAGCCGGGCUGGCGGAGACCCGUACGGCAUCUACGACGGCACGCAGUAUGCCGACAGCACCUUGUACGACGGUGCGGUGGACGUACGUUACGGGGGGCAGCGCGUGGUGGGAGAGCGGCUGCUGGAGAUCCGCAACCAGCUGGUGAACAGCGUGAAGCCCAUCUACACGUUCGAGAAGAUCGUCGAGGUCCCCCAGGUCAUCGUGAGGGAGCGGACGCGAGAGGUUCCCAAGCCACAGGUCGUGGAGCGCAUCAUCGAGGUGCCGAAGACGGAGGUCAGAGAGCGCACCUUCGUCGGGCCUCCCAGCGUGCAGUACCAGGAGCAGAUCGUCGAGGUGCCACAGGUCGUGGUGGAGGAGCGUGUCGUGCACGUGCCGAGGCGGGAGGUCCAGGAGCGGCUGAUCGAGGUACCAAAGAUUGAUUACGUGGAGAGAAUCGAGUAUGAGGACUUCAUCGAAUACCGUGAGGUUCCAGUGGACAAGAUCGUCGAGGUCCCCGAGAUCGAGUACUGUGUCCGGGAAGUGGAGCAGUUCGUCCCGCAGACGUACAUACAGGAGUAUUACGUCGACAAGUACGUCGAGACCCCGAUCACGCAGGUUCAGGAGGUUGAGCGCGUGGAGCACGUGCCCGUGAGCAUGAGCCAGAGCGUUGCCGCUGCGACGGCCGGCGGAGCGAUGACAGCAAGCCCACAGAUGGCAGAAGCAGCGCGAUCAUUACAGCAAGGCGGCCUACAGGGAGGGCAGCAGUACGUGACCAUGUCGUUCAGCGUACCGGCACACAUGGCUGCCGCGUACUCUCAGGUGGCCCCCAUCUCUUCGCCGGGGUCACGGCAAGUCAGCUUCCCGAUGGAGGCUGCGGUCCAGCCUCAGGUCGUCAACUCGUACAUGUCGUACGACCCGAACAAGGUCCACAUGAUGGGCCAGUUCGUGGAGCCGCAGCAGCCCCUGGAGUCGAAGCCAGAAGGCGCAACUCCCGUGGCUCCUUCGACGUUUGCAAGCAUGCCAGUCGGGAGUCAGUUCAUGGUGCCCAGCGGCAGCGUCGUUCCCAACCCUUACGGCUCAAUGCAGGGGUCCGCCACGCCGCCCAUGCCACCAGGUUCCGCUGCGGUCCUGAAUCCCUUCGCGUCCGUGGCUGUUGGCGCCGCACCAGGCUCCACCGCGGCGAUGAAUCCCUUCGCCUCCAUGGCUGUUGGUGCCGCACCCGGCUCCGCUUCGGUGCUGAAUCCGUUCGCGUCCAUGCCUGCUGGCGCCGCUGGCAAUCCCUACCAGUCAGUGCCAGUUUUCUGA